UUUGCCUAACAGAGUUUUGCAGAAAGGCCUCUGCCUCCUCUCCUCCCUGCCUCUGGGCUUGCCUGCAGUUGCCGUUUCUGGUACAAUUCAGAACUUUCCUUUCCAAAACUUUGCACAGUUCCCCUUCCAUUGCCCCUUCGGAAGAAAUGGCCUCUGCUCCUCCGAUCUCUGGCUCUGUCGGAAACCAGCCUGUGAGCCAGCUGGGCUCUGUCCAAGCUGAAAUGCAAAGGCUGUUGAAGGCUGGUAUAUGUCUUUUCAGCAGCAAUGAGGAAGGCCAGGCUUUGGCUGCGUUCAAAAAGGCAUACAGGCUCUCAGGUAGCCUCCCAGAGCCUCGCUCCUCCCAAGCCAAGUGUCUCUUCAACCUCGGGGCAGCUUACAUUGUCACCGGCAAGCCCCAGAAAGGCCUCAAGUGUCUGUUGAAGGCCAAGGAGCUUGGAGCUGAGGAGGAGGAUGGCGACCUCUCCUUCAACGUGGGCGCUGCUUACGACGACAUGAGGGAAUAUGCAAAAGCCGCAGAGUUCUAUAGGAAGGCCAUCCAGGAAUACAGCACAAAUCAAACGCAAAGCGCAGCCGAUGCCCUGAUCAAGCUGGCCUAUUGCCUGGUGAACACAGGUGACGUGGAGUCAGCCGCACAGUCUUUUCGCCUGGCCGGCCAGGCCUACCAAGGAGUGCAACUCCCGGAAGACGCAGCCAUGGCUAUGAGGGAGGCAGCAAAUUACUUCCUGCGAAGCCCAGGGUACUCCCCAGAUGACGUCUUGGAAAGCUUGCAGGCCUGCAGCCAGUCGUGCACCAAGAUAAAGAACCGGGAGCUGCUGGGCAAACUCUACAAUCACCUGGGGCUGCACUAUGCGGAAAUGAGGUGCUUCCGGCAGGCAGAGCAACACUUUGACGCAGCUCUCCGUCUUUGCAGCGGGAAAGGCUUUUCGGUGCAGAAGAAAGCAGUCCUGUUGCAGAACCUGGGGGCUGCCUGCAAUGCCCUGGAGUGCUUCGAAAGGGCCCUGCAGUACCACAGCGAAGCAGCUGACAUGUACGGGGCACUAGGAGAGAGGGCUGCUCAGGCCCAAUGCCACUACAAUUUGGCCACUGCUCACGGCCAGCUGAAAAACUAUGACAUGGCCGGAUUUUACUCCCAGCAAGCGCUGAAAGCUUUUGUGGAUGCAGGUGACUCCUAUGGUGAGGCGCAGGCCUGUGAACAGCUGGGCAUGACUCACCUCUGCCAGGGCCACUUUGGUCCAGCCAUCCAUUACUACAAACAAGCCCUGGCUCUGUUUGAAAAGUCAAAGGAAGCAUCUGAAAUCCCUCGAAAACGGAUUCGGGAGAAACUGGCUGCUGUUGCUAACUCUCAAACUAACGCCCAGGAUGAGUUUGCUGAUUCGGCAAUAACAGACAGCCUUCUCCACCCUCCAGAAUGUGGAGCUUACUCUCCAGCACUGAAAGGCCGCCUUAUAGGUGAAACUCUCCUGCAAAAUCAACAUUGAAACACUAUUGCAGUAAAAAAAGAAGAAGAAAAAGCAUCACAGCAGAGACUAAGCAAUAAAAUUAAACUCACGCAAAGCUUCAAAUUUGGUUGAAAAGCCUUGGAGAAUUAAAAAGAAAGCUCUGUGUGUGUGCAUACAAUGAAGCAAACACGUCAAAGCUACACCUUGUGUCUUUGAGGCAGAACCUGGAGGUGGCUGUCCCAGGAAACCUUCUUUGUGGUUUCAGGGCCUGCAUAGUCAAGAGACAGAGCCUAAGUCUAAGAACAUCACAAGAACUCUCCUGGCUCUGUCCAAAGGUCCUAGAAUCAGAGGAAGCUGCCUUACCCCACGUCAACCCAUUGAUCCAUUUAACUGAGUAUUGCCUGCCAAAAUGACUGAUAGUGGCUCUCCAGAGUUGCAGGCAGAGAUGCCAUGGAUACCUGGAGAUGCUGUGGAUUGAACCCGGAGCCUUCUGUAUCCCAAACAGUUGCUCUUCGACCAGAAAUGGAAGAUGCUGCACUCAUGGGACACAACACUGCUUCUGUUCCUCUGCAGUUCACUUCCUGCCAAAAACCAUGUUGUUUAUCCUGCUGUCCACUAUGGCAAAACUACCUAGCUUACAUAAUCUAGAUAAUUAAUUACAUGUUACAUUUUCAUUUAUUUCAGUGCAAAGGAAAUCUAAUGCAAAUGGGAGAGGGAGGACGUACUCUAUUACGUUUUAUUUGCAGAUAGAAAGCAGAACACCGAAUACCGAUUGUAUUCACUGGAUCAUUUUCUGUUACAGAGUAAGUGAGUGUCGGCCGUUUCUGCUCCUGUUUCUGUUUUCGUUGGAAUUUCCCAAUACCCCAUACAUCCAGUGAGCUACAGCCUUCCCCCUUAAAGAAGCAGAGAACCCGGGAAGCUUCCUUAUACUGAGUCAGACCAUUGGUCCAUCUAGCUUAAUAGUGUCAACACUGACUGGCAGUGGCUCUCCUGGGAUUCAGCCUGCCACACACCUUAGCACCAGGGAAAGUGAAAGUGUGGGGGAUCCAAUAGGUUUACACUCUGGGGUCCCAAUCCAGAGGAAGGCUCAAGAUAGCCAUGGCAGAAGUUGCAGUAGUUUUCAUGAAACUUACACAGGAGUAGCCUUCUCUGUGUAGAGUGUCUAAAUUCAAAGGAAAAGAGCUUAAUUCCACAACACAGAGAUCCUUUUGUUCCUUCCUUAGAAAAAUAAAAAUGCAAGCUUGCCUAA